AUGGAAGUCCAGCAGCUGGUGCCUCCGGGAGCGACGUCCCUUUAUCAUGCGUGCCGGCUCCGCCUGUACUGUGAAGGCGAACGUGAAGUCAAUGAAAAUUUGAAGGUCCAAAUCGCGUUCGGCGAUGUAGGUUUUUACGUGGAAGACCUCCGGGACUUGCGUCUGCGAGAUGGGGUCCGGGAAGUCCUGAUCAAGUGGCUUGGCCUGGACGAUCUGGAGUCGUCCUGGAAGCCGGCCCUAUCGAUCUACGAAGCCGUUCCCGUGCUAUUCCGUCGCUGGGCCAAAGCCCGGGGCAACGAAGACGGCGUGAGCGAAAUGUUUGACGAUCUCACGAGUGCAUGUGGCCACCCAAUGUAG